AAUAGACGUUUGUGAGCACACGAUAAAACGAAUCGAAACGGAACACAACCAUUGACGAUUACGUCGACAUAAUCUCCCCUUUGGCAACGCAAACAGUCAUUUCCAUAUCACACCAAGCAAAUACAUUCGCAUACAUCUGCAUUUUCUAUUGUUUUGUUCGUUCAAUUAACAGCGAUCGGACGAAGAAAAAAUAGUGAAAAACGAAAGCGGGAGAAUAAAGUGCGCCAGUAUCGCGUAGAUUUUUCAUCACAACAGAGAGUAAAAAAACGAGUUUUAUCAAAUAAAUGCAAAGCGUAUAAGCCAUGCAGCGAGCGAGUGUGAAAUGAAAAUUCAGUUCAGCCAUCGAACGAACGGACAACUGAACGAACGAACGGAGUGAGCAAUAUACACGAAACGAAAAAAAAACACACAAGUGAAAAAGUCGAAAAAGAACGUCAUACCAAAGAGAAAAAAAAAUAUGGAAAAUUGCACAGACAGCAAUUUUUCUCUGUAAACUAUUUUCCCGAUUUUCCGAAAUAUCUAUAUAUAUAUACGUGUGCAAGAUUUGUUCGUGUUUUGUGUUUCAUUGUUGUUCUUGCGUGUUCUGUUUUCAAAUGCAUCGAAAAUUGCCGAACUUGCUUGCAUGGUGGAAGUUAAAUGUGAAAUUCAGUGCGGAUCGAACAUCGACAAAAGUGUGUAUUGGAAAUUUUUUUUUGUGUUGAUAGGGGGUUUUUGGUCGGUGAGAUUGUACGCGUUGUUAUUUUUUCAUCUUCUUCUACUUCAAUAUUUUCUCUCGGUCCCUAUUCCCAGCUCUGUCGACCGAGAACAACGACAACGACGACGGUGUGGAAAAUCUAAGGGAAUGUUCAAUUUUCGCUGCGUUAUAUCGCUUGAUUUGUUUGCUUCCAAACAACAAUCAAAAAUAGCUGCUGCAACAGUGUUUCUCUAAUCGUUUUUCCCCCAUUCUAAAUAUAUCCUGUAUUCAAUUUUGCGAUUUGUUUGCAAACCAACAGUGAGAAUUUGCGAACACCAAUUCUCGACGUAUUCAGUGCCAGUGCCAUUUGCACACACAAACUGCGUGCAUGUAAUAUGUGUGCUGUGUACUCUAGCGAAAAGUGAUGGCCCAUACAAAACAGGCUAAUAGAAUGGAACACAAAAAUAAUGAAGUUAAUUCGAAAAUAGAAAGAUAGAAAAAACCGAAGUGAAAUCGAAUCCGAUAAACGUGCACGACAGACACUAGAUUGGAAAUUGUCGACACAUUUAAUACACGGAGUAUAUAUUCGGGGUCUAUGUGUUUUUUUUUCGCACUCACUCAUCCUCUCGCCUCCAAAUUGUUCGAUAUUCCGCAUGUCAUUUGAGAUUGUGUCUCCUCCUUUUUAACUCAGCUUAUCAAUAAAAGCGUUUAGCUGGAACGAAUAUAAAGGACCAGAAGAAACAGAAUUCGGCAACAUAUCGUUUACAAAUUCGAUGACUACGACAACGACUACGUGAAGUGCGAACGCCGAAAAAAAAAACACAACGACAUCUGCAAUAAAAUUGGAAAUUGCCACCAUCAAACAUAUACAUAUAUAUCGCAGUGGAAAAAAAAGUGACGGAGGCAAAAGAGAGUGUUGUCGAUAUAUUGCCAAUGUGAAGUUGCAUCGAUAAUUUCGGGUGUCGAAUUACACUUUUACUUACAAAAUACGCACACAAAAUGUCUCCCAUUUCAAACAACCCGUUCGCUCUCUCGAUUUGGUGAGCGAAAGCUAGCGAGUGUGUGCAAACGACGAACGAGAAUCUUAUAUUAAACUGUACGAGGUUACAAUUCUAUGUAUAAAAAAAGUUCUAAAUUCCUUUGCGCUAAUUAAACAUUGGUUUCUUGAAAAAUUCAGUGGAACACACCGUACACCCCAAAUACUAGAAUAUACAUCGACACACUCUUUGCCAACAGCUACUCACCCACACUCUUCGACAAUGGCUACGCUCCAGUUUUUUUCCCUAGCUCUCCAAUUCUCUAAUCCUAAUUAGAAACAUUUCUGAAAAGCGUUUUACUUUGAUAUAUAUCGACGUCAAUUUAUAUCAAUACGGUUAUCAUCAUCAUCAAGUCAAAUUAUUAUUAUGAGGACAACCAAUUUGUUGUUCGGGAAAAAUUCCGUGGAAAGGUUCUCAAACCCCAUAAAGUAGAGAAGAGCGAAAAAUAAAUAAUAGAAAAAAAAGAGUGAAACGAACGAAGAGGAAAUUUAAUAGCACGACCAUAUUAGUGGCCAUUGUGAAAAGCGACAGCAAGAGUUCAUUUGAAUAAAGAGUGUGUGAGUGUAUCUAUCUCUCUAUGUAAAUCUUAUGCGCGCACUGUGUGUAUGGACGCGUCAGCUUGAGUGUUUUGUGUGGCGUGGAGUUCAUUGAAAAAGAAUCACAAAUGCAAGAAAAAGGUUUCCGAAGGUCUAUUUUCAAUAGUAGAGCAUGAAUGAGUGAUAUCAUCUAAAGUGUUGUCAUUAAUGGUUUUGCUGCUUUUGCUCUCACUCAUUCGUUCGUUUUAUACAAAUAACGCCACCAUAAUACUAAAAUAACAAUAAAAUAUCUGUCGCACCAAAUGACGAAUAAACUCAAGUUACUGUGUGUAUUCCUGAGAACUCGAAACGACUUUGAAAAUGGAUUGUAGCCAAGAAAUUGUGCUCACGAAGAUUAUUAUGAAAUCGUAAUAAUUUGUUACGCUCGGCCACAAACAAUAUGAUGGCACAAUCAAUUAGUUCGAGUGCAAGGAUUAUAUUAUAUGCGUCAUAAAUAAAAAUUUAUUGACAUAAAAAAGAACUAUAACCGAAAGAACAAGAACAAGAACAAGUGAAAUUGUAAUUAUUUCCCAAGUAUUAUAUUACUUGGCGCGUAAUGGGCCCCUGAUCGUCCACUUGAAAAAAAAGUUUCGUUCAUGUAAAAAGUGUUGGAAAAAAGCGCGCACAUUGCGCGAACGACUCCAAAAACCGACCGAACAAAACGUAACGAAAGGAAAGGAACUGAGCUGUGAUUAGACGAAUCAAAUUAGCCAAAUGAGAACGUUAAUUUUCGUGCAUAGAACCUAAAGCAUUCGGGCAAAGUAAAUAAAUAAAGCAACAGCGAGAGGGAGAGAAACAGAAAAAGUGUGGUCAUAAAGUAAAAUCUCCGAACUAUAAAAAGAGGAAUCGUGCACGCGAGAGAUAGCGAUAGAGACACUUCCAAGAAGUAGCAGAAAAAAGGAAAAAGAAAAAGAAGAAGAAGUCGCGCGCGGUACAUGAAGAGUUUGAGAUUGAGUUUGCACAAGGAAACGCGAGAAUCAAAGAUAAAAAGGGAAACAUCUUGGUGUUUUGGUGCUUUCAUGUAGAAUUCUAACAGCAUUGCCAUCCAAAGGCAAGCUCAUUUCCAUAAAAAAACUGUUUUAUAAGGAAAUCAUGUAUACGAAAAGAGCGAAGAAUCAGUGGAACGAAAACGACAGCGACGACAUCGACAUCGACAGCAACAGCAACAUUAACGACAACAACAAUAACCAAACGCAACAAAAUUUUACCUCGAGAAAAAAAUCUAAUUAAAUUUCUUUGUGAUGCUAUUUAGAGUUAGAGCCAUUUCUCUUUGAGCGCGCACGAACCCGGACAAUGGCUCUAAUUAAUUUGAAUAGAAAUGACUAUGUUUUUACCAUAUUCAUCAUGCUGGCGGUUUGCGUACAAGCAAGCACAUACAAAGACAGUGGAUACAGCAUAGGCAAAGGCAGCAAAGGCAGUACAUCAUCCAAUUCACAAAAUCGUAUUAUGUCAUCGGAUUCUGCUUUAUUUACGACAAGGAAUAACACAAAAGUGAUUGCUCAAAAAGGCGGGCUGGCCGUUUUACCAUGUGCUGUCAAAUGGAAUCCGACCGCGACGGUAUCAUGGAUUCGACGACGGGAUUUUCAGUUACUGACAGUUGGUUUAUCAACGUACAGCUCAGAUGAUAGGUUUCUCGUUGAACAUGCACGACAUAUGGGACACUGGUCAUUACGAAUCAAAUCGGUUCGUGAGGAGGAUCGAGGACUGUACGAGUGCCAAUUAUCAAUCCAUCCGACUCAAUCAAUAUUCAUUGAGCUGAAAGUCGUUGAAGCGGUUGCCGAUAUCAUCGGAGCACCUGACAUUCAUGUUGACGAAGGAUCAACACUCCGAUUAGAAUGCAGACUAAGAAGGGCGACCGAGAAUCCUGCGUUCGUAUUCUGGUACCACAACACCAGGAUGGUUAACUAUGACACACACAAUGGAUUUUCAGUGUCUUCCACAUUAUUGCAGUCGUUGGAUGAAACAUUCGACUCGAAUACGGCUGGUGUCAAUGCGAAACUACCCCCAAAUGCCACCACAUCGACAAAUAAAAAUGCGCCAAUAUCGAAACCGAAAAAAACUAGCAGCAGCAGCAGUUCGCAAACGCCAUCAAUUAGUAUACUUACCAUAAAUGAAGUGAGUUUUUUGCACGUCGGAAAUUACACUUGUGCACCAUCGAAUGCAAAGCAAGCCAGCAUUACGGUUCAUGUUUUAAGAGAUGAAAAACCGGCGGCAAUGCAACAUGCAAAUGGCAGCAUAAUUACCGACGAAGAUAUUAAAUCAAAUUCUAGACAUUCUCAGUUACCAAUGAAAUCAAAGCAUAUCCUAUUAAUAUUUAUUUUAGUCUCUGUUAUAAAAUAUGUUUAUAGAUAAAAACAUUGUACAUUCAUUUUUAGGAUUUUUUUUUUUGCGAGAAUGUUCUGACAAUGCUGCUACAUCCGCUAACGUUGCUGCCGUUGAACCACAAAAUAGAACACACAACAGCAGUAACGGCCAAAGUAGUGGCUCUAGCAGCAGCAUUAUCAGCGCAACAAACAACACACAGCAGAUGUAAUAUGUAUGUUAUUGUAUAAUGUUACGAGAGAAAAAAAACGCUAAAUACAAAAUCUGACUGACGAUUAAGUAAAUGAGGAAAAAAAAAACCGUAAUCAUCAGAGAGUCAAGCUGCUGAAGUGAGAUGGCAUAAGGACGAUGAGCGAGAUAUAUAUAUAUACAGCGAGUGAGUGAGUGAAGAAGAAAAUGAAGAGAGAGAAAAAAACGCAUUAAAAGCACAUACAGGAUAACCAUAAAGCGAAUGCAAUAAUCUCGAAAACGAAUGCCAGCGUUAGAUGAUAAUAACGAGUACACGUAUGUAAUAAAAGCGACACAGCAACAACAACAAUAUUCCUAUAACUCUCUAUAGUACUAUCAACGGAUUCAAUUGAAACGCAUGUAAUAUUUACACAAAAAAUAUAAAAACGAAAUGAUGAGGAUAAGAUGAAAAAAUAAACACACUCACACGUACAGCAGUACACCACUCAACGGAAUAAAUAAACUUGAUGUGGAAAAAAUGCAUCAUCAAGCAAACUAUACGUAUAAACAUUGAUAUUGAGGGCGAACUACACACGAAGUGGAUAGACGUAAUAAUUAGAAGAUUACUACUAUUAAACUAAACGGCUGCAUUCACAUAUGGGAUAAAAAUAUAUAUAUAUAUAAAAUAUAAGGAGAAAUAAGGAAACUGAUAAUGAAUCGAAUGUAAUUCAGAUUUAUCAUGAAUUGUGUUAGAAAAUGAAGAAUUUUUUUUCCUUCUUCAUUUUGCUCGUUUUGUUCUUUGUAAUUUGAUUGUUUUUUUUUCUAAUUUUCUGUUUGGAUUUAAUAAAAGGAAAAAGGAAACUAUGAUUAUUAUUAUUAUUAAAAAUG